CGCGUUAAUUAGAAGAUGGCGGCGCCCUCAGCUGGUUGAAAACUAGACAAAGAAAGAACAUUGGCCUGAGAGAAUCAAAAGCAGGGCUUAUUGAAGAUGGACAGCCAGUCGGCAUUUCUAAGAGGAAAAGGACGUGGUAGGGGUAGAGGAAAUGGAAGAGGAGCCUGGUCAAAUGGUGCUCCAGGCGUGAAAUCUAAUAAUAGAUCAGGUGAUGGUUCUGUAGGUCCAGGAGGAUUACAAUCAUCUAAUAAUAUCAACAAUUCUCAUGCACAAUCUGUCACAUCUGAAGAAGAAAUCCAACAGGCCCAGGUACAGGAACGAUUUGAUGCUAUCAGUAUCAAACAUCGAGAAUCAGCACAGAGAUAUCUACGAGAAUUACAAGAGAAUAAUGAAUUUUCUGACGAGGAGGAAGAAGAAGAAGAGUUAAAGGAUGAUGUGUUGGAAUCUAUUUUUAAAUCUUAUUCUGUUAGUUAUGAUGAAGUUGGAAGUAAUUUGGUGGAGAAAGUACAAGAUGAUUUGGUUCAUUCGUUUCGUUCUGCCACGUCGGCUUGUUUGGUCUGUAUAGAAACUGUCAAAAAAGAAGAAGCCAUUUGGUGUUGUCGUGGUUGCGCUGGGAUAUUUCAUAUUACAUGUAUACAAAAAUGGGUGACUGAAGGGACGUACCAGUUUAAUUACAAAUCUGAUUCCAACAUUCCUGCCUCAAACAUUCCCUGGCACUGUCCUAAAUGUCGUCAUGAGUAUCAGCAGUCUGAUUGUCCAACUAAGUAUUAUUGUUUCUGUGGUAAAGUUGCUGAUCCUCCGUUUGACCCCUGGCUGGUUCCCCACUCCUGUGGUCAAACAUGUGGUCGUAAACUGAAACCUGAUUGUGGACAUUCAUGUCUACUUCUCUGUCAUCCAGGUCCUUGUCCACCCUGUCCAAAGACUAAAAAAUCAGUGUGUUAUUGUGGUAAACAGCCAGCACAGAUGAAGAGAUGUAGUGCUAGAAACUGGGCGUGUGGUCAACCAUGUGGACGUUUAUUAUCAUGUAAUCAACAUUAUUGUCAACAACCUUGUCAUGAAGGUGAAUGUUCAGCUUGUAGUAAAACCAGUAAACAAUCAUGUUUAUGUGGAAAACAUGAAGAUACCAGAUUAUGUGCUAGUCCUGAAUGGAGAUGUAAAGAGGUGUGUAAUAGACCUUUAGAUUGUGGUAAUCAUGUUUGUGAAAAGGUUUGUCAUGGUCAGGAUUGUGGUCGCUGUCCUAGAUUAGGUCUUAGAACCUGUCCAUGUGGAAAAACAGAAUUGGAGUUACCAUGUACAGAAGAUAUAUUACCAUGUGGUGAUACAUGUGAGAAACUUUUAUCUUGUGGUCAACAUAAAUGUCUAGAAAGAUGUCAUACAGGAAACUGUACACCAUGUCAACAUCUGGUGGUGAAGAGAUGUAAAUGUGGAAGAAAACAGAAAGAGAGUUUAUGUAGUAAAGAAUUUUCCUGUGAUUCUAAAUGUAAUAAACAAAAAAACUGUGGUAGACAUCAAUGCAAGAAGAAGUGUUGUAAAGGAAACUGUUCUCCAUGUGAUCAGAUUUGUGGUAAACCUCUAGGAUGUAAAAAUCAUAAAUGUGCCAGUCCUUGUCAUAGUGGACCAUGUUAUCCCUGUCCCUUGACUGUUGAUGUUUUCUGUUUCUGUAACUCAACUAAAGUUACUGUACCAUGUGGAAAAGAAAAAAAUACCAAAAAACCUAAAUGUAAUCAAAUCUGUAGAAUACCUCCGACAUGUCAUCAUACGUCAAGAUUUAAACAUCGUUGUCAUUUUGACGACUGUCCGCCGUGUAGACUCGUGUGUAAUCUACCACUGCCAGGGUGUAAACAUACCUGUCCAUUAAAAUGUCAUGAUGAAGUCAAGGUCAAGGUCGUUGAAAAGGUUGAGAGAAAGGGACCAUGGGAUCCAUUGCCUGUAGAGAAGAUAGAUAUAAUCAAGAAACCAUGUUCACCAUGCAUGGUUCCAUUACCUCAGAAAUGUAUGGGAGAACAUGAGAUAAGAGAAGUAGAAUGUAGUAAUAUUGGAGCCUAUUCAUGUGGUCGACCAUGUGGUAGAGAUUUAGAUUGUGGUAAUCACACAUGUCAUCUAGACUGUCAUAUUGUACAAGAUGCUCCUGAUCAUCAGUCUGCAGGAAAGAAUUGUGCCGUAUGUGAAGAGUUGUGUUUAAAGACACGCCCACCUGGUUGUACUCACUCGUGUCCCGAGUCGUGUCAUCCGGGGCCGUGUCCUCCCUGUACAUACAGUAUUAAGAUGCGAUGUCACUGUCACAGUAUGGUUAAACAUAUACAGUGUAUUGACUGGGCAGGUGCUUCCACAGAAGUCAGAGCAAAUCUUAAAGCCUGUGGUGGCAGGUGCCCAAAAAAUAUGCCGUGUGGUCAUCGUUGUUUGUCUCCCUGUCAUUCUGGACCUUGUCCUGAGGUCAAAUGUCAACAAUUGACAACUUCCUCGUGUCGAUGUCGACGCAUUAAACGCCAGGCCAUAUGUUACGACAAGAAGAAAUUUAUUGAAUGUGAUGAAGAAUGUGAAAGAAUUAAAUCUGAGAAAAGAUCAAAAGAGGAAGAAGCGGAGAAGCUGAGACAGGAAGAAGUAGCGAGAAAAGAACGAGAAGAAUUGGAAGCUUUUGAACGCAGGACGAAGGGAAAGAAACGCAAACACCGUAAAGAUUAUACAGAAGUUAUAGAACCCUCUUGGCUGUCUAGGAACGGAAAGAGUCUGUUAAUAUCGUUCCUAGUAGCGGCUUUCUCUGUUUUAUUCUGUUAUUUUGUUUAUACAUGUAUUGAAUAAUGGCUUCCAGCCUCCCAUGCUUUCAUUUAUUUUGCUCUUUCAGUGUGACAUAAAUCAAACGCAGAGUUAGAUUGUCGAUUCAAACUUUUAUUUCUAUUACUCAGUCUGAUAGUGAAAUGGCAAAUUGCACUUAAAGUUCCUCUGUAGUGUCGAUACAAUAUAACAUACAUUAAAGUUCCCCUUUAUAGCUAAUGCAAAAUACAUGCAUCAAAACAACAACAACAACAACAACAAUUUGAGAAUAUAUAUAAAAUUAAAACAUAUCACGGUUAGAUAAACGAGAAACAAAUCGAGUAUAUUUUUAUAUUAUCAAUUUGUCCAAAUAAAUACAAACUAUAUUAAAAUAUGUAACAAUAAAUAUAUAACAAAGUAAAAUAGAUAACAAACAACACUUCCAUUAUAAGUAAAGUAUAUAACAUAACAAUUCCAGUAUACGUAAAAUUAAAACAUACUGGUAGAAUUUUGAAAAUAUAUUUUGUAUGAAAUUGGAUUUGUGCAAUAGGAACAAUUGUAAAAACGAUAUUCAUAAAUGUGAGAAUUAAUUCAGGCAAAUGCUUCUUGAGGGAAGAAAAGCAUAAAAAAAACUUUAAGAUUUUAUGCCCUUACUGAAAGUAAAGAAGACAUUCCAAGCAUGAAAAUAAUGUCAGACAUUAUUGUAUCUGAAUUUAAAACUUUGUCUGACGUGAUUUAUAAAUAUCGAUAAAAAACACAGACAAAACUCAAAUCUGUACCAGAGAAAAUGAUAGCUCAGUGAGUAAGACGCUGGCUCGUUAACCUGGAUGUCUCAGGUUCACUGCCCGUGUUGGCCGAGAAAGUCCAAUUUCUGUAGUGGUUCCCCCUUGUCAGUGGUGUAGAACAGAGGGCCUGGAAAUGAACAUUGUAUAGUUGGUUGGAUGGGACGGCCACUGUGGUUAAACCUAUUAAUUCAUGAAAGCUGUGCUAUAAAUAUAACUGGACACCCGAAGUAAUAAAUUUUAAAGUUUUGAAUCGACAACUAUAACUGUACAGUAUUUACUUAACUUGUAUAUCCCACUGAAUUAUAUAUUAUUUGGUAUUGUUAUAACUGUUGCUUAUUUUCAAAUUACACCUUUCGAUUGGUUCUCUUUCAUAAGAGGUGGAGCUAGAAGUGGCUCAAAUUACACCUUUCGAUUGGCUCUCUUCCAUAAGAGGUGGGGUCAGUAAGUGACUAAAAUUACACCUUUCAAUUGGUUCGCUUCCAUAAGAGGUGGGGCCAGGGCUCUUAAGACGUUAAUACCACGGAAAAUGGCCGCUAGACUUCCAGGUACAGUACAAGAUAUGUAGAAUACUGGUUAUCAGUGUGUAGUAUUAUAGAUUAUUAUUAAACAUGCAUUAUGUAAGGUUUAGAUAAAGAGCUGAAUGUUCUUGCUAUAAUAGUUUAAAAAUACAUGUAGAUAAAAAAAAAAUGAAUAUUAUUAUAUUGAAAAUAUCAUUCAAAUUACUUUGUUCUGGGCGAAGUUAUUACUGUUUGAAGAUGUAGCGAAGAUCUUGCAAUGGUAUUAGAAAACUAAUUAUCCAUUGUAUUAAAUUUUACAAUCUCAAGAGAGUUCAAAUCUGUUUAAAUCUCUGCCAACCGAUGCUCUAGAGAGUUUAUCAUUGACUUGCCAUGUGAAUAAAUUUCUAAAUAAUAAUUUAUAUACCAUUUGAAGCCCCCAAAAAGACCUGCAAUAGGCAGUUUUAGCUCUUACAUAAUGCAUUUUAAUUAAAGAAUUUCAGGCUCAAAUCUUGCUUUUAAUGUCAAGUUGCACAAACAAUUACAAAAUGUACUAAAAGGCAAUAAUUUAUUGGAGAACUGAAUAACUCAUGAGGUUACCCUUGCUCUCCCAAAUCUUCCAGAUUCAUUUAUUUAUUUGACAGUAAUAUGUCUCCACUAUCAGUGAUCUUGUAUAUGUAGAAACGAUUUUCUAAGUUGUUCGAAAAUAUUGACUUUACAGAAGGUUGACAUGGGAACACAAGUAUAAGGAGAUGUUAAGUUUGUACACAGAAAUGUUAGGAUUGUCGAGGGAGAUGCUUGGCUGUACAGGGAGAUGUUGUAUUGGGUUGUAUGGGGAGAUGUGGGGUUGGGUUGGGUUGUAUGGGGAGAUGUUUUUGGGUUGUACAGGGAGAUAUUUAUUGCUGGGUUGUACAGGGAGAUGAUGGAUUUUGACAAAUUGUAGACGUCUUAAAGAAAAUGGUUUAUUAUUAUUAUUGUUGUUACGUGUUAAAUAUUUUAUUUAUACUGCAUAGAUGUCUAUAUAUAUAUAUAUAUAUAUAAAUGGUGAUGUAUAUUAUAUUCAUUGUUGAUAAAAUCAUGUCUUUGUUUUAUUA